CUAAGAUUGGGGGCUGGCAGCGGCGGCAGCAGGGAGCUGGGAAGCUGAGAAGCCGGGAGCGCGGGGCUCAGUCGGGGGGCGGCGGCGGCGGCGGCUCCGGGGAUGGCGGCGGCUCCGCUGCUGCUGCUGCUGCUGCUCGUGCCCGUGCCGCUGCUGCCGCUGCUGGCCCAGGGGCCUGGGGGCGCACUGGGAAACCGGCAUGCGGUAUACUGGAACAGCUCCAAUCAGCACCUGCGGCGAGAGGGUUACACCGUGCAGGUGAACGUGAACGACUAUCUGGAUAUUUACUGUCCGCACUACAACAGCUCAGGGCCUGGCGGCGGGGCGGAGCAGUACGUGCUGUACAUGGUGAACCUGAGCGGCUACCGCACCUGCAACGCCAGCCAAGGCUCCAAGCGCUGGGAAUGCAACCGGCAGCACGCCUCGCACAGCCCCAUCAAGUUCUCUGAGAAGUUCCAGCGCUACAGCGCCUUCUCGCUGGGCUAUGAAUUCCAUGCCGGCCAAGAAUACUACUACAUCUCCACGCCCACUCACAACCUGCACUGGAAGUGUCUGAGGAUGAAGGUGUUCGUUUGCUGCGCCUCCACAUCGCACUCCGGGGAGAAGCCGGUCCCCACUCUCCCCCAGUUCACCAUGGGCCCCAAUGUGAAGAUCAACGUGUUGGAAGACUUUGAGGGAGAGAAUCCCCAGGUUCCCAAGCUUGAGAAGAGCAUCAGUGGGACCAGCCCCAAGCGGGAACACCUGCCUCUGGCCGUGGGCAUCGCCUUCUUCCUCAUGACGCUCUUGGCCUCCUAGCUCUGCCCCUUCCUAUGACAGAGAGAGGUGGGACAGGGCUGAGAAGGAGCAGGGAGCUUGCUGUGGGGCCUACAUCCUUCUUCCCAUGGUUGGGAGCGGGGUCUGCACUGUACAUCUCUUUGGGCCUGCCCUCUUUGCCCACACACUCUCUAGGACAGGCACCGUAGUGGAUCAGGCACAGGGACAGCCACAGGUCCCAGGUGGCCUGUGGCUUUGGUAAUGUUUGGUACCAAACCUGGGGGCUAUAAAGGCAGUGCUCAGGACUCCCUGGCCCCUGGUACCUUUCCCUGACCCUUGGCGCCCUCCCUCUUUGUCCCCCAAGAGGCAAGUAUGCCCCAGAGAGAACAAACGAAGCAUGGGAGGUGCCCCCUGUCACUCUCCUCUGGGGCAGAACAUGGGGAGGGGACUAGGUGGGUGAGGGGUGGAGCCUCAGGCUGCCCCUUCCCCUGUUUACAGCAAUAAGCAAGUCGUCCUCGUUCCACUCCCACAUAGAGGACUGUGGUUUGGAUUGAAUCCAAGUUUACAAAUAGACACCCCUGGGGGGGAUCAGGCAGUGGACAGGGGUGGGCAUCGGGGUGCCAGACAGGCAUGUACAGACUCUAUAUCUCUAUAUAUAAUGUACAGACAGACAGAGUCCCUUCCCCUUCUUAACCUUGACCUAUCUCAACUUCCCCUUCCAGACUCAGACUCCUUCCCCCACCAGGUUAGGCCCCCCCUUGGGACCCCCCUGGCCCCUCUUUUGUCUUCUGUGAAGACAGGACCUAUGCAACGCACAGACACUUUUGGAGACCGUAACAACAAUGCCCCCUCCCUUCCAGCCCUGAGCCGGGAACCGACUCCCAGGACCUUGCCCUGCCCACCCUAUGUGGUCCCCACCCAUCCUGGGCCUUUUUCAAGUGCUUUGGCUGUGACUUUCAUACUCUGCUCUUAGUCUAAAAAAAAAAAUAAACUGGAGAUAAAAAUA